CUAUCUUUCAAACAGAAACAGGAAAAAUGCAUCAAACCGAUAAAGCGAUCCAAUUUCACAUUACAAUUAAAAUGAAUUAAACGAAGGAAAUAGUUUCUAACAGACUGUCAGUUUUAGGGUCUCACAAAAAUAGCCAUCCUGUUGCGUUGCUAUGGCAUUAAUGCUUUGUUGUCAUUAAAAAUUAAACGUAUUACUAUUUAAAAUACUUUAUGUGACGAUAUGUCACGAUAUCUAGUGUAUCGUUUCAUUCUUAAGUUAACUCUGUGAAGUGCCUGGUGUUUUUUCAGCGCCGAAAACCGCCACAAGAUGGCAGAUCCAUUCAGUCAUUGACUCUAAAAUAGGGCUAAAUAGGGAAUGCGGCAUCUAGGUAUUUAUAUCUAUGGUUACAUCGACCACAAAAGCCUUGGGAUGAUCUAGUGAAAAGAGGAAAUAGGCCCGCCAUUUUCCUGCGAGCCUCCAGUCCUUUUAAAAGCCAACAAGGGGAGGCGAGGAGGAGAGAAGAGGAGGAGAGGAAAAGGGGGAAGUUAUAAGGAGACAGACAGACAGACAGACGGUGCAUGAGCAGUGGUUGUAGAGAGGACGGUUUUGUAAUAGAAGAGGAAACCUUUUGUAUGUAGUUAAUAUCUCUUUUAACUUGCAGUGGACGUACAGAACUGUACAUUUAAAGCUGGAAACAGCUACCAAAAGCAGCUUUAGCCAGUUAGCUAGCUAUAAUUCUUUCCUCAACCGUCAUUCUAUUCUACUUUCCUCCACUCGUUCUUUCAUUAGUGAAUUAAAGGAAGAGUGAACACAUCGAGGGACACGAACAUCACGGUUGGAUAAAACAAACAAACAAAAACAGUCUGCGUUUGGGGUGGGUUUUUUUUUUUUUUUUUGUACAUAACUGCUAAAAUGUCUGGCCAAAGCAUAACGGACAGGAUAACCGCAGCUCAGCACAGUGUCACCGGCUCAGCAGUGUCUAAAACGGUGUGUAAAGCGACCACACAUGAAAUCAUGGGGCCCAAAAAGAAACAUUUGGACUAUCUGAUUCAGUGCACAAACGAGAUGAAUGUGAACAUCCCUCAACUGGCGGACACGCUGUUUGAACGGACCACCAGCACCAGCUGGGUGGUCGUGUUCAAAUCCCUCAUCACCACACACCAAAUUAUGGUCUACGGCAAUGAGAGAUUUAUUCAGUACCUGGCUUCCAGGAACACAUUAUUCAACCUCAGUAAUUUUUUGGACAAAAGUGGCUUACAAGGCUAUGAUAUGUCUACAUUUAUCCGGCGGUAUAGCCGUUAUCUUAACGAAAAGGCUGUGUCUUACAGACAGGUUGCUUUUGACUUUACUAAAGUAAAGAGGGGGGCAGAUGGUAUUAUGAGAACCAUGAACACAGAGAAGCUGCUGAAGACCCUACCAAUUGUCCAGAAUCAGAUGGACUCACUUCUCGACUUUAACGUAAAUGCAAAUGAACUCACAAAUGGAGUCAUUAAUGCCGCCUUCAUGCUCUUGUUUAAAGAUGCCAUCCGGCUAUUUGCUGCUUACAACGAAGGGAUCAUCAACUUGCUCGAGAAGUACUUUGAUAUGAAGAAAGCCCAGUGUAAAGAAGGACUUGACAUCUACAAGAAAUUCCUCACCCGUAUGACAAGAAUCUCAGAGUUCCUCAAAGUUGCUGAGCAAGUUGGCAUUGACCGAGGUGAUAUACCAGACCUGUCUCAGUUUACGGUCUGCGCCCCCAGUAGUCUCCUGGAUGCACUGGAGCAGCACCUGGCAUCACUAGAGGGAAAAAAGGUGAAGGACUCAACGGCAGCCAGCAGGGCCAGCACACUGUCCAAUGCAGUGUCCUCUCUGGCAAACACAGGCAUAUCUUUCACCAAAGUCGAUGAGAGGGAAAAACAGGCAGCCCUAGAGGAGGAACAAGCUCGUUUAAAAAGCCUUAAGUUUUUGGACGGGUUCCAAAAUCCUCACUCGAAACCAACUGUAUUCUCCCGGCAGGAGCAGCGUCUAAAGGAACUCUCCAAAAGGCCUUCCACAUCCUCAACAACAGCUGCGUCUCCAGUAUCCACAGCAUCUGGAAGCAUCAGCACCGCUCCAGCAAUCGACCUGUUCUCCACACCCAGCUCCACCAACAGUGCUUCAAAGGUGCCAAAUGAUCUCCUGGAUCUCCAGCAAGCAUUCCAGUCAUCUCUGUCUCUACCCACUGCUCUGCCUGUAGCUAACACAUGGGGAGAUCCUUUCACCUCUUCAGAGAGUGUCGACGACUCCAUUCCAAACUUAAAUCCUUUCCUAUCCAAAUCUAUCGAUGCUGUUCCUCCACCUCCUCUGUCUUCAGAUGCUGUUAGUUUUCCUUCUAGGACUCCCAGUCAUGAAAUGUUUAGUGAUCAUUACAAUCCCUUUCUUGAUUCAAGCUCAUCUGUUGCCUCCACUCUUGAGCCCUGUGCUCGCUUAAAGGGCUUUCUCUCAGACUCGUUCUGUUCAUCUGCCCCCUACUCUAACACAUCACUGUUCCACUCCGAACCUUCCGCUGUAGCUGGACUAUUUGGAGGGUUUUCAGCGUCUCCCAUCCCUCAGCCAGCCAACUCUUCCGGCCUUAACGUUGACUUUGACUCAGUGUUUGGCAAUAAAUCCACUGCUAACAACACAGACUCUGCUGGUAAACUCUGGGCCUUGGCUUUGCAUGGUAUGCAUGACUUCGAUGAUGUUUUAGGUGGUAUCCUGAAACCCACAGUAGCUUCUCCAAGCCAGGGCAUGCCACCCAGUAUACUACAAUCUGGAAAACUGGUGUCUGAUGACCUGGACUCCUCUCUGGCCAAUCUUGUGGGCAAUCUGAGUAUUGGAAAUGGCACAACAAAAAAUGAGAUCCACUGGAGUCAGCCUGGUGAGAAGAAGCUAACUGGUGGAAGUAACUGGCAACCAAAGAAUGCUCCAACCACAACAUGGAACCCUGCCAGUAUGAAUGGCAUGCAUUUCCCACAAUACGCGCCGUCCGUCAUGUCUUUCCCUGCCACGACACCCACAGGCAUUAUGGGAUACACAAUGCCAGCACAGAUGGCUCCAGUGGCCAUGAUGACGCAGCCUACCAUGAUGUACACACAGCCUGUGAUGAGGUCGGCUAACCCUUUUGGCUCAAUGUCAGGAGCACAGCCCCCGGCUGCCUCUAGUCCCUCAAGUCAGAGUUCUCUCAGACCUCCAGGACAGGACCUCUUUGCACAGCUUUCUCUCAAGGAAUUCCUUUAGAGACACUUUUAGAUGCAGUUCAUGUGAAGUCUCAGCAAGUGUCGACUACCUAAGGACGAAUCGUGAAGUCUCCAAUCUCAAACCUUUAAUAUGUCUCCAGUUCACUGUUUGACUCUGUGCUAAGAGCGUGGCCCCAGAGCCGGUCAGGAAGCAGGGUGGGUGGGAGGUUUUUGGGGAAAAGGGGUGGUGUAUGAUGAGACAUUAGGCAGUCUAACAAGUAUUUUGUAAUUUGUCGAACAGUAACGGCUACAGGUGUUUUCCCCUGGACCAGACUGUUCCUGACUGGUAAGCAUCUGUAAUGUCACACGGGUAAUUUCAAGGUGGGGAAGAGGGACGUAAUGAUAUAGUGGGAACAUUAGACAUUUCUUCCUGUUAUUAGAGACCUGGGUUGGACGGGUAUUAUUUUUAUUUUUUUUUUCCCCAAAUCAACAAUCAUGAUUUCUUUCAUUUAACCAUCAUCUUUUUAGUUGGUGAUUUUGGUUUAUGAUUUUUUUAUUCCUUUUUUUCCAAGUUAUUAUAUUUGUGUAGACAUUCCUUGUGUAUUGUUUUGUAUUUAUUUAUGAUUUACCCACUGAAGACAUGACCGAAAAAUAAUGACCUUAUCAGUCUCUUCCUUAAUGGGAGGUGUGUUAGAAUGAAUAUGCUUUCAUGUGUCUGAUUGCAGAAUGAGAUUUUGAGUGUGUUAAAUGAAAUAUUGUUUAAAAAAAUAAUACUAAAAAAAUAAACAAAAAUGGGGGGAAUCAAACCACCUGUAAGCUGAAUCACAGAACACUAAGUAUUCUUUGAACCCCGAUCCUUCUCUAGUGCAAUUUUUUGCAGUACCCAAACUCACCCCCUGCAUUUUGUAAGGGAAAUGGGAGGAGAGUACACAAUUUAUUAAUUCACAUGGGUAAUUCUGUGCCUAUUUGUUUUUCCCAAGGGAACAUUUAUCAGACCGGUAUCACUACAUUUGUGGUUCUGCAGCAUUACAUAGGGGAGGAGCUGUUUUGCUUUAUGCUUGGCAUGUCAUUAUUUUACAUUGACAGUUAGACAGCUACCUUUCCAACUUGAAUGUGCAAAGUAGCCUUCAUUCUUGGGCCAUCUUUCUUCCACUGGCAUUAGGGGGCCAUCAAUGGAAGUAGGAGCGCAGGGAGAUGGGUAUAUAUGUCACAGAUUGCCAUCAUCAGGGUGGGCUUGUUAGUGUCUGUAAAUUAGCAGUAGAACAUAGGAAAGAGAAGCACCGUUGAUCGGUGCUUUGUGUAAAUAAACCCAGACCCUGUCCAAUAGGGGAGCUUGUGAAAGAUGGUCCCAAUAUGAAGUGAUUCUUUCCAUUGAUUUAGCACACAUGCUGCAAUGUCCCUGCAGAUUCUAUUUUUGUUUAUAACUAUAUAAAAUGUAUGUGAGCAGAACUUGGUUGAUUUUCAAAUAAAAGAGCAGCUUCCACAAGA